ACUUAGGUAGGUAGGUACGUCAUAGUUGAUAAUUCUUAUUAUACCUGUCAAGUGUCAUUCUCUGUUCCACCAGCCGACUACUUUGCGUUUUCAGGUUGUUAUUACAUAAGAUUUUACAGAAUGGCCGGAGAACCAGUUGAUGAAUCCCAAUUUAAGGGACUUUCAAAAUACUUCAACAGCUAUACAAACACUGGCAGAGCCAACACAGCAAAAGCCACCUAUGCAUUCUUUGGAGUUGUGAUAUUAUACUUUGCAUUGAAGCCAAAGAAGGCUGCACCUGCAAAGUGAAUAGUGAGGAACAUUCAUGAAAAUUGUUAAUUUAAGUGAUAAUAUGGUUUCUUUUGAUCAGUGUAUAAUAGUGCAAAUAAAAAUCAUGUAAAACUCA